AUGCCUCCUCAACCCGAGCAGCAAACGCCCGGCUUGUCAGACCGAGACGAACAGGAGCAGUCUUCGCUCCUGCGUCAUAAUCAUCCCAGUAUCUACGGCGUCGAGGACCCCAGCCUGUCGUCCGACUCCCUGCGCCGAUAUACCCUUCACGAUCCCGGUGUCACCGUGUUCGCAGCCCCCCCGUAUCAAGAGUCCGAAGCGGCGGAACUCUACGAUGCCAGUCAAAUGUCCGAGUCCAGCGGCAUCAAACUGGAGACCUUCCAGCCAGCCAGUAUCAGUAACCGGUCGGGCUUGCGUCGCUAUGGAACCCGAAAGAUCAACCUUGUGCAGGGGUCGGUGCUGAGUGUCGAUUACCCCGUGCCGAGUGCCAUUCAGAAUGCGAUUCAACCGGAAUAUCGGGAGGCGGAGGAGGCGUUUUCGGAGGAAUUCACGCAUAUGCGCUAUACGGCGGCCACUUGUGAUCCCGACGAGUUCACCCUGCGGAACGGGUAUAACCUGCGCCCGGCCAUCUACAACCGUCACACCGAACUGCUCAUCGCCAUCACCUACUAUAACGAAGACAAGGUCCUGACGGCCCGCACGCUGCACGGUGUUAUGCAGAACGUGCGCGAUAUUGUCAACCUGAAGAAGUCGGAAUUCUGGAACAAGGGAGGUCCGGCCUGGCAGAAGAUCGUCGUGUGCCUGGUGUUUGACGGUAUCGAGCCGUGCGAUAAAAACACGCUGGAUGUGUUGGCGACCGUCGGAAUUUACCAGGAUGGCGUAAUGAAGAAGGAUGUUGACGGUCGGGAAACGGUCGCUCAUAUUUUCGAAUAUACCACGCAAUUGUCCGUCACCUCAAAUCAACAGUUGGUUCGUCCGCAGGGCAACGAUCCCUCCAAUCUUCCUCCCGUCCAGAUGAUCUUCUGCCUCAAACAGAAGAACAGCAAGAAAAUCAACUCCCAUCGGUGGCUCUUCAACGCGUUUAGCCGGAUCCUCAACCCUGAAGUGUGUAUUUUGAUCGACGCGGGUACCAAACCCGGCAAGAAGUCAUUGCUGGCUCUCUGGGAAUCCUUCUACAACGAUAAAAACCUGGGUGGUUCCUGUGGUGAGAUUCACGCCAUGUUGGGCAAGGGUUGGCGGAAGGUCCUGAACCCGCUGGUGGCCUCGCAGAACUUCGAGUACAAGAUCUCCAAUAUCCUGGACAAACCGCUUGAAAGUGCAUUCGGCUAUGUCAGUGUGUUGCCUGGUGCCUUCUCCGCAUACCGCUAUCGUGCGAUUAUGGGUCGCCCAUUGGAGCAAUACUUCCACGGAGAUCAUACAUUGUCCAAGCGACUCGGGAAAAAGGGUAUUGAGGGUAUGAAUAUCUUCAAAAAGAACAUGUUCUUGGCCGAGGACCGAAUCUUGUGCUUCGAGCUGGUGGCGAAGGCGGGUUAUAAAUGGCAUCUCUCGUACGUCAAGGCGUCGAAAGGUGAGACGGACGUUCCGGAGGGUUCGGCCGAGUUCAUCGGUCAGAGGCGACGUUGGCUGAAUGGUUCCUUCGCCGCCGGUUUGUACGCCAUGAUGCACUUUGGGCGAAUCUAUCGCAGUGGACACAGCUUCGUCCGCUUGUUCUUCCUGCAUGUGCAGAUGGUUUAUAACUUCUGUCAGCUCGUCAUGACCUGGUUCUCUCUCUCUUCCUACUGGCUCACCAGUUCGGUUAUUAUGGAUCUCGUCGGUACCCCCAGUGCAGCCAACAAGAACAAGGGAUGGCCGUUUGGGAAUGACGCCACGCCGAUCGUGAAUACCUUCCUCAAAUAUGGCUAUAUCUUCUGCUUGAUGCUGCAAUUCAUUCUGGCCCUCGGAAAUCGACCAAAAGGAACUCGACUUCCGUACACGCUCUCGUUCUUGUACUUCUCGAUCGUGCAGAUCUAUAUCCUACUUCUGUCGUUUUACUUGGUUGCCAACGCCUUCACCGGUGGCAUGAUGGAUUUCGACUUUGACAACGGUGCGAGUGGAUUCUUCGCGUCUUUCUUCGCCUCCGACAGCGGUGGUAUUGUCCUGAUUGCCUUGGUCUCCACGUACGGUAUCUACGUCAUCGCCAGUCUGCUCUACGGAGACCCGUGGCAUAUCCUCACCAGUUCGUGGGCGUACUUCUUCGGCAUGACGACCUCGAUUAACAUCCUGAUGGUCUAUGCGUUUUGCAACUGGCACGAUGUCUCGUGGGGUACGAAGGGAUCCGAUAAGGCCGAGGCGCUACCCUCGGCGCAAACGAAGAAGGAGGACGGCAGCAAGCAGCAAUUCAUUGAGGAAGUGGAUAAACCGCAAGCCGAUAUUGAUAGUCAGUUCGAGGCCACGGUGAAACGGGCCUUGGCGCCGUGGGUGGAGCCGGAGGAAGAGGAAUCCACCAGUCUGGAUGAUUCGUACAAGAACUUCCGGACGAUGCUGGUGCUGCUCUGGGUGUUUAGCAACCUGAUCUUGACCCUGUUGAUUACGGGCACCGGGAUUGACCGCAUGU